AUGCCGUGUGAGACAUACAGCCUGACAGCCGUGUACCCCAACAGCACCGCUUUCAACGCCUUCAUUUCGCACUCCACCCCCGACGUUCGCCACAAGGAGGCGCUUCUUGCUGUCCGACUCAACACGACACGCCUCCUGCACAGCCGCUUGGCAUGGCGCCCAGACAUGUGGGCGGAGCUUACUUCCGGACUUGAGGGGAAGGCAACGCGUGCCGGCAUCAGGGCCGCUGAAAACUGGGCUUUGCUCAACGCUGCUGUUGCUGAUGAGUUCGCUGCCAAAUAUGGUGCUGUGUCGAGCUCUGUAAAAGAAGAACUCAGCCCCCUGAUCGACAUGUUGGAGCGAGAACUGAACCGUAUGGCCUACAGAAUGAAUGACAUGUCACGGGAUCUCAGUGCUAUCUACCAGCGCAACGACUUCUACGCACAAGACAUGGGUGUGGUCUACACCACAAUGCAGUAA